CUCCUCAGUAACUGUGUACUGACUUCAGAUCAGCUAACUGUGAGUUAGCUUCACCCGGGAUGCUUGAAUCUUGUGUUUUCAGAGACAGUCGAGGUGCUGUAGUGUUUGGAAAAGAAAUUACAGGAGGGAGAAACGAAGACGGAGACGUUCUGGAGAAAAAUAGUAAGUCCUCUGUGCAGAUUUUACUCAUAUUAACACGUUUAAUCUGGAACAUUUUGCUUCCGAUUCCUGUUUUAAGCAGUUUCCUUGCUAAGUUGAGUAUAAAUGUCUCUAAAAAGUGCUACUUAUUGAAAUUACAGUUUUAUAUGUCAGUCAGAACGAGUCCUAUAUCAUUUUUAAACACUAAGAUUCAAGUUAAGUAGGAGAUUUGUAUGAUAUUCAACGUUUAGAGAGUUAACUGUAGUAGUUUUGUUGUGUUUUGGUUGCUUAGCUAACUAGCUGUUGACGGGGUAUUCAGCACAAGCAAACUUACAUCUGUUAGUUUAUCCAGCAUUAUACAGCUCCAGCUUCUAAUGAGCUUUUCUGUUGAAUAGUCAAGUAAAUUUGCCACAAUCAUUGAACAACCUGCUGUGAUGAGAUAUUAAUGAGACUGUUAGUUACACAAACUCCAAUUCACAAAGCUGGGCCACUUAUAAGACCCAGGAAAGUACUUACUAAUGUUUUUAAGUCUUAAUAAGGGUUAAUAAAAGCACAUUGAACACGUUUAUUCAUUUGAACCCAUGCAAUGAUCUCCACUACAGUCAUGUUGAGAUUAUUUUUCAAUUCUAUGUCAAUAUUUCAUGCAGAAUCCUGACAUGUUUGGAAAUGAUGUCGUUGGAUCAUGUGUUUAAAGAGCUUUUAUUCCACAUAUCGCACAACUUAGUGGUUGUGUUGUGGUUUUACAUACAGGCAAAUGAAGAGAGGGUCGUCAUGUCAUGUUUUUGUUUAUUUUUACAUGCAGCUACAUAAGCAAAGAAAAACAUCAAAGCCCACUGUCUAUUUUCACUUUUCACUUCUCCACAGAACCAUAAAGGUCUUUUACUUCCUGUAUUUCUUUUUGUUUUAAAGUGAGUUAUAACACCAAAAUGUGAUUUUUGUAUUUUCUUAUAAUUCAGCAUGGAGUACAGCCGUCUGGUUGGUGAUAUUCUCUCUCCAGAGUCGACUGUGACCUCCCUGCUGUCCAGCUCAGGUCAUCUGAGGAGCAGUCUGCUGGCUCCUGAACACAAUACAAGCUUCAGAUACAGAGACAAGGUUCAAUCUACUUUUUCCUCCUGAGGGCCUGUUUUCUGAAGCAGUGAUGGGCCACUGCAGAGUUUUGCUUGUCGUAUGGCUGUAAUUACAUCGAUGAAGACUAAAACACCUGCUUGCAGGAAAUGUUUAUUGUGUUUUGUCCUGUGUAAAACAUUAAUUCAGGCUCUUUAAUCUAUCAACCACAGGAAUAUGACUCGGCCUCAGCAGCUCUGGACGCCUACAUCACAGACUUUGAGAGAAGUCGACAGAACAGAGCGACUGUGGCAGGAAAGCUGGUUCUUCCUCAGAGUCCACCUGUCACACCGAGCAGACAUGGCGUGAACACACUCAGAAACAAAGAUGGUAGGUCAUCAACUCCGUGUGUCUCUUAUGUUCAUGUCCCUGGUGAACUUUAGAGUGUGAUAACUGGUCUGUUUGUUUUAAUGUUCAUUUAUUUCUGGUCCGUAGUUUUGAGGGAACGUUUGACAGACAGGGAGCUGGACUUCCUGAACCUCCCAGUCAGCUCCCUCCAUCACCGUAGCAACAGAGACAGGCUCUCCAUGACGACUGAUGAGUUACUGUCGAUCCCUUAUGACGGCUCGAUGCCCGUCACCCACACAUCCGCCUUCAUCCAGGGUCUGUAAAUGCGUCAUCCACCACUCACACCUCCACUUUCUUUGAUAGAUCCCUGAACACAUCACCCAAAUGUCUUCUUUCAGAUGAGGUCUCUAAACCCAUUACCCACUCCCCUAUCUUCAUCAGGGUCCUUAAAUGCAGCACAUGCACCUCUCUCUUCAUUUAGGUUCCUUAAACGCAUCACCCACAUCUUUGUUUUAUCCUGAAUUCUUUUAAUGCAUCAUUUAAACCUCUAUCCUUCUCUGAGGCAAUCAAAUGCAGCAUUUACACCUUAACUUUCACCCAGGGGCCAUUAAAUGCACCAUUCACACCUUUAAUUCCACCCAGUUACCUUAGAACAAAUCACCUACACCUCAGUUUAGAUCAGAAAGUCAUUAAAUACUUCCUUAAACUUUGGGUCUUUAAAGGAAUCAUGCCCACCUCUGUUUUUAAUUAAAGGGUCCUCAAAUGCAUCGCCAAUACCUCAGCCUUUAUCCGGGGUCAUAAAACAUGUCACUCUCAUCUUUGUUUCCAUCAAAGGUGUUUGAACGCAUCCUUGUAAGGUGUUUUUGUUCAGUUAUCACCCUGAAUUUGUUUAACUGGUUGAUAAAUUUACAGAAUAAAUAGAUCAGAUCCUCUCACUUUGUCCUCCAGGCCUCAUGUCUCAGUCUGGAGCCCCCCAGCCUUGCCUUACCUCUUCCAGACAUGCACACAGAACCUGGGAUAGACUCAACUGCAGCCGCACAGCUCCCAGGUUAAAUCCCCACCACCCUCACCCGUCUAAGACGCCCAGAAGCUCCAGGUCCAUGCUGUUUUUUUACUCUGAAAUAUGUUCGAGAAACACCAACCCUUGCUUUACAUUUGAUUAAAUUUCCUUAUAUCUUGGUGCAGAGGAAGGAAAGAGGCAGAGGCAGCCAUGUCGAAAGCAGAUGUUGACAUCACCUGCAGACGCUGCCACAGGGUGACUAUUGAUUAUAUUUUAUCAGCCUCAAAAUCUGGAAAGUUCUGAGUUUUCUUGUUUUGGAUUAAAGUGCUAUUUCUCCCUCUUCGCUGUCUUUAUUAGUCUACACACAAAGCGGCGAGGCCAGAGCAGGUAGACCCAUCCUCUUCCCUCCACCUUCCCCACUGGUUCACCAGCAACAAGUCUGAAAUGAACUUCUCGGGAAUCACCAGUGUGCCAGACCUGAAAUACCCGGCGUGGAUUCAGUGCUGUGACCUCAGUGAGCCGCCUCCACCUGCCGAGUCAGAGCUUGGGGAUGAACAUGGUAAGACAUGCAGGAGACUAACCUCACAGAAAACCAGAAUUCAGAGUUUGUCCUCACUCUUAAAAAGAAAACAGGAUACACUGACAUGUACACAACUUAUCCAGCUGAUGACUGCUUGUGCAAGCACCAGUCAGUAGAUAGAAAAGAGGAAAUAAAACUCAUGCUCCAAAACCCAUAAGAGGCACAUGCUGCUCUGUAUUUCUGUAGUAACAGCCAACAAUAUUUCAGUAAACAGAGCACUUAAAUACAAAAGCGAACAACAUGAUCAUACUGAGUGAGAGAGAUGUAGAGUAACAGCUUUUCAAGGAGACAAGUAGACAUAGAUCAACUCUAAAACAUCUGGUUUCUGUGCCUCGUCUCUUUCUGCACAAACAACCUGACCUGCAGCUAUUUCAGUGCACUUCCUGUUAUAGUCUUAUACGUGAUCAAUGCCUCAAUAUGCUGACGGGUGGAGAACAACCAGCACUUAAUUGAGUUAAUGCAGUGCAGUUGAAAGACAUAAGGUAUAUCAGUGGGUUCUUGACAUCGAUCUACUACUCACUGUAAUCAAAGACUCCAGUCUUGCUCUGCAGUCACAUUAAAUCAAAGAUAAACUGUUUAACUCCCAUAUUAGAAAACUCCGGUUUGAUAUAAGGUAAACUAAUUAAUCAUUUUAACCACAGAUCACUUCAGUCUGAGACUGCCAGCUCCUUUCUGCUGCUGAGCAUACAAGAGAAGAAGUAGAGCCUUAACCCUGAGGUUUUAGCCUGCGAUGAGCCACAGACUCUAAAUCUCAGCGGUACAUUUAAAAAGAGACUAACAGAAACCAGGAUAGUGAUAUCGGUCACGUGUACGGGAAUAUGAAUAACCAGAUUUCUCUGUGUGCGUGUAAACGUCAUAACCAGGAUACUUAAAGAUAAAUCCACAUUAAUGCACUCAGAGCACAGAGUGGGAAAACAGAGAGAGAGAGCAGGAGAGACGUGUUUAAAAGGAGCAGUGAGUAGUAAGCAAAACUGGGCCAAUGCUUGAGGCAUAACGUCUGUAUAUGGGGCGCAUGGAGCCGGCUAGCCCAGGGGUGCCCCUGUUCUGCGAUUUGUAAUGUCUGUGACUGCUGUGAGUGCGAAAUUAUGCUGAAGAAACUGUUUUUGUUCCUUCUUUCACAGAAAACAGUCAAAGUGAUUGAUAAAAUUCGCUUUUAAAAAGACAACAAGGAGAGACUUUUGUCAAGAGAUGAAAUCCGCAACAAUGGAAAAAUAACCACUUUGUCCUCUAGGGGUGUCAAAUUAAAUACAGACAGAAAGUUCCUCACAGAAGCUUUGAAUCCAAAAACUGUCAGGGAAAGAAUGAAGAGUUUCUUCUUCGACUUGAGCUGCAUUUGCUGGAUGCAUCCGAACAGAAUUGACUGAUCAUCUAUUUGUAAAGCUGCAAAUUAAUGACUAAAAUAGUACUACGGAGGGCUGUUUGCAUAAAAAGAUCUUUGCAUGGUCGAAACAAAUCAAAAUCAAAAACAGACUGCCUGGAUUAGUUGGAGUCAGUGACACCAAACUUGCUCUUCUCCACAAAACAAGAAAUACAAAAAAGAAAAAGCUUUUAAUGAUAGACAUCUCAUUUUGGUCUUCUGUUGUUCCUCUACCUGCAGAUCACAGGACAGGAGCUCCAUCGUGGGUGGAAGAGCUUGAGGAGGAUGAUCUUGACCAGACACCUGCUCAGGUGAGAGAAGUAAACCUAAGUCCUAAGUGGAGAAAAAACUGUCGCUGGUUAGUACAGAGCCUUCAGUGUCUUGUUUCUGCUUCAGUGGAUAGCGUUGUCUUUGGAGUCAUCGGGUCAAAUCUGGAAAAAAAACAAGUAAAUAUGUGUCAAGCUGAAGGAUGAACUUUCAUGCCCUGUUUGGGGCUGCUGCAGCUCAGUCUGUAGGGAGGGAGCUGGAGGGUGGCUGGUCGAGUACAGAUGUAAGCACAGGCAGUGGACUGGCGGUUGCUCAUGAUCCAUAAUGGAGUAAAAACAUUGAAUUCCCCCACAUGAAGUUCACCCUCUUCUUCUUAUGUGUCCAUUUACAGACUGACAGCCAGCUGACUCUCAGGGAUCUCAGGAUUCAGUUUGCCGAACAGAUUUCUCUGCUCACUUCGGAGAAAAAAAACUCUGACGUGGUGGAAACUCUUUUCAAAAGUAAAAUACAAAUUUUUGAUGUUACAUCAACAUUUUGUUCAGAAUAUAUUCUUAGUCAUGUAUUUUCUUCUCGUGUUUUUCCUCCUUUCAGACAACAGAAUCGAGGCUCUGAUCCAAAAGGCAGAUGAGGUGUUGAACUCUCUCUCUCAGAGUUCUGGAGGAACAGAAAGUCGUUCACAUUCAGGUGAGGACUAAGACAGGAUGUGUGCCUUCUCAGUAACCACAAGUCAAGUGCUGACGUUUUUUUUAUUUUUUAUUUUUUUUUACUGUGUCAUGAUGGCUUGGACAACCAUAAGCUGUCUCUUAUGUUCUGAUAUGUAUUCUGGGGCUGGACAGUGAAACAAGAGUGAUAUGCUCUGUUUUCUUAGUUUAGGUAAAAAGACUAGCUGCCUCACGCUGUUUGAAGGCGAUUUAGCAACACUUGUUAUUAGGUAAUUUCCUUUGUUUGCAGCCAGUAUCCCAGAUUGUGUUGGAGAGGAUGUCAGUCAGCUGAACACAGAGGAGAAGCUGUUCUGUCACCAAUUUACUCAGUAAGACUACUUUGUACUCUUCUACUGUUAGUUCUGAUGCAUACAAGUGAAUACACUGAAAGAAGCGGUUAAACAUGAUGUUUGGAACCUGCAGGGACUCAGCAGCAGCAGCAGCAGCAGAGGGCACUACAGAGCCUCAGACUGUCAGAGGAGCACAGGUAGGUGGUAAAAAAAAACCUUGAGUUUAAAGUCUGAAUGAUCCUCUGACAGAUUUGAGAACGUAGCACUUCCUCCUUACUGUUUCCUCUUCUAGACUCAGGGCUGCAUCUUUAAGCAGCCGGGUCCAACAGAAGCUCUGAAACAGAUGCUCUUCAGACUGCAGGCGUUGGAGGCGGAGGUUCCGAAGAGACAGCAGACAGCCGGAGCUUCAACACAUACAGAGGAAACUCCAGUAAGACAGGUUUGAGUGUAAAUGUUUUGUACUGAAUGAAACAAAAAUUACAUGUUGAGCAGCUUUAGGUGAUGUAAGGACUUCUCUGUGUUGCAGGGGCCUGAAGCAGAAGAGGAGCUGGAGAGUUUUUCUGGUGGAGCGUCACUACAAAGGUAAUCAACACUGACUGAAACUGAGUAAAUGUGACUAAAAAGUCUCGAAAAAAAAAACCUUUUUCAGGACUUUUUAUUUUUUUAUCUAAACCUGUAAAUAUACAUUUUUUACAUUCAGACAGUUUAGCUGAGGAGGAUAUUACUGUUGAUUUUUUUUCAUCCUCAGGGCUCUGCAUCACCUUAGCCGACUGAAGAUGCUGGUGGAGGAACCAAGAGAGAGACACGCAGAGAAGGAAGAGGAGAAGGAUGAAGACGAAGGACGGUACUCCUCUUCUUCUGCUGAAGGAGUCACCUGCAUCCAGCAGAAUUCCUCUUGAAACAAAAGGCCUGUCCAUUAAAGCUCCCCUCUUUUGUUUCUUCCAGCAACCAGCGCUGACGGUGUGAGAUGACAAUGAACACAACACUGCUCUAGAUUAACAUAUAAACAUGAUUAAUGUAUAAUCAUAAAGAUAAAUGAGUUUAUCUAUCCUCUGUACAUGAACACAGUCUAGGGACCAAACCAGGCUAUCUCUCUGAAGGUUUAUGAGAGAGGAGCCAGCUGUUGAAACAAUGCAGUGACACACAGGUGACUGUUAAUGGAGGUUUACAGACAAGAGGGAGUAAGGAGCCUCCCAGGACAAUCAGACUGAGGAAAAAAUGACCAGACAAACUAAACAGAACAUUUUCUAAACGUGCCAAAAUAAAGGUGUGUACUGAUGUGCACAAACUAUAGUUUUAAUAGCAAUUUUUAUAUUUGCAUUAAGGCCAUCGGCCCCUCUCAGUGUCAUUGUAGAUAGUUGUACACUUGUUUUUUUGCAUUAGCAUGCUGCCCUGUACAUGGUCAAAGCUCCUGUAGGAAACUUUUGGUUUGCGUCAGUUUUGGCACCCCCUUGUAGACAAAGUGUUACUUCUUAUCUCUUGUCCUGUGCAUAUAGAAAAAGUCUUUUCAGGCACAAACCUCAUCCUCUUGUCUUUUGGCAGUGAAAAGUAUCACAAUGUGAAUAUUUGAAGAAACAAAUCAACUUGACUUAUUUCCUCAUCCACUUGGCUAACACCCCCCCACCCCUCAGCAGUUUGAGGAAUUGAAAAUCACAGCUGAAAAUUUCCCUGCCAUGUUACAGAUGAUUUUUUCAAGGGUCUAUCAAACCAGUUUCAGCCUGUUUCUCAACCAGCUGAAAACUCCCCACCAGUCCUGUUACUGUACUUUUUAAGAAAAAAUCCCCCACUCUUAAUUUUAAGUCAAAUGUAACCCCUUUGGACACUGUUUUAAGUGUCUUAACAUGCAAGUGUUACAUUGGAAAAAUACAAAGUGUUACACUCUUACAGUACAGAAGUAUUACAGCUACAAAAAGAAGGUCUAAUUUAGCUCAGAUCUGACUUUUUAUUCUCAGAAUUAAAACAUUUUCUAACAAUAUUUUUUAGAAUUCAGUCCUAUUCUCAACUCCUGAGAAAUUUUUUAGAUUAUUAAUAUUAUUUGUAGCCUUUAUCCUGUAAUUGCGACCAUAUUAACAUCCUUUUUUCUAAUAAACAGGGCUGUUGUGACGACAACUCUAGCCCCACUAACAGCUGUUUUUAUAAGCUAGUUUCCUGCUCUAUAAAGAAUGAUUCAUGCAAAACCUUUACACUUCAAAAUUAUCUACAAUGAGGAAAGCAAAUGUGCUAAUAUUCGCAUGUCAGCUUGCUUAAGUUACCAUACCGUGGUGCUAAAUGUUACAUUAACAGUCCCUUUGCUAUUGGCAGGGCUGCAAACACGUCAACCAAAGCCCUGUUACACGUUUGGAUAAUGCUGAAAUUUCACAUCACUAAAUUUAGCUAGUUCAUUCUUCCAAGUUCACAGGUAGAUGUAAUAUGUAAGCAUGCUUCUGCGACCAUGUUAUGGCAUUAAAUGUUACACUGUCGUAGAAAUAGUCGUGUAGAAAUGCUAAAUUUUGCAUGUAGUCAUCCACUUGUUAUGCUCAUGUUACAGUAUUGUCACUUUCAUGCUCAAAUCCUGCAAGUUCUAACAGGAAAUGUUACUGUUUUACAUCUGCUGCAAAAUGAAGGAUGAUGAGAAAACAUUCAUGUUUAAAAAAAAUGUAAGUUUAAGCAGCAGUUCUUAUUUCUAAUUUAACAGGGACUUUGACUUAUUUUGUGGAGAAAAAGUGAAAAAACAAACAUUUUUGUUGUAGAUGUAUAACACGAGUGAAAAUUAAUCCAAUGUGCUCUCAUCAGCAGAUUUCUGCAUAGCACUGAACUAGCAGAGAUUGAAUUCAAUAUGCCUGAGAAUUUUUACAUUGACCUUCGUUGUCAGGUCAGCUGUGACAGUGUUUACUACUGAAGUGCCUGAGGAAAACUAAGAAACAUGGCUAUCUCUUCAUACUGUAGAAGUGUGUCAUUUAAGGUUUUUAAACAGAACUUUAAAAGUUUAACGUUGUAUAUCAGAAAGUGUUUUUGUCAGUCCUGUUACAUAAACAUUUAAAGGCCUUACAGUACAUCUUAUUUACUUUUCAUCAUUUCUCCUUCUGUAUGAACUUUACUAUGAAUGAUUUGGGCACAAACAGACAAUCGGUUUUAUAUAUUUGUAUUUGGGUCAGUUGUAAAGAGAUUAACACUGACUGUCAGAAGUACCACAAUACCAAGUCAAGGGUGACCAUGAGAAGAUACUGUAUUUUCUUUGUUUCAUAUGGAGCUUUAAUGUUUAAAAGAUGUCUCUUUUUCCAUCUAACCGUGCUCUCAGCUGCUCUUUUCUCAAACAGAUCCCAUUAAACUUAACUCAAAAUCUC